AGGAGGUGGCGUGUCGCGUUCGCCCGAUGGACGUUUGCGCCGCGACGGCGAAGGAUUUGGACGGGUGUCGUAUAGAAGAGAGGGAGAUGAAGACGGAAUUCAGGCUAUGCGCCGCCUGCGGUGACCCGAUCAGCGACAAGUUCCUGCUGGAGGUGUCUGGCAGGAGCUGGCACUCCAGGUGCCUGCGGUGCUGCGUCUGUCAGCUGCAACUCGACCGGCAACCGUCCUGCUUCAUACGAGACCGCGCCAUCUACUGCAAGAUCGACUACGCAAAGAGUUUCGGAGCCAAGUGCUCGGUGUGCAUGCGCGGCAUCUCCUCGAGCGAUUGGGUGCGCAAGGCGCGCGACCAUGUCUACCAUUUGGCCUGUUUCGCUUGCGCGGCCUGUCACCGUCAACUGUCAACAGGCGAAGAGUUCGCCCUACACGAGGACCGCGUACUGUGCAAGGCGCACUACCUAGAGACGCUCGACGGCGGCACGACGUCGUCCGAUGGUAAGAAUAUGCAGCGAGUCACGGACCACAGGGCGCUCGCGCCGUUCUCCAGUCCGUGGCGCCGCCACGGAAACGUGAGUGUACGUAAACAGUUUUUCCGCGUUGCAGACGGAUGUGACGCGGAGGGGUACCACAAGAACAAGGCGAAAAGGGUGCGGACGACGUUCACCGAAGAGCAGCUCCAGGUGCUGCAGGCCAACUUUCAGCUCGACUCGAACCCGGACGGGCAGGACCUCGAGCGGAUCGCGCAGAUCACGGGACUGAGCAAACGCGUCACCCAGGUGUGGUUCCAGAACUCGCGGGCCCGUCAAAAGAAGCACAUGCACACCGGCAAAACCAAAACGCAACAGCUGCACACGAACAGGGACGACAGCGGCUUCGGCAGGCACAUCAAUCUGCACCUGACGUACUCAUUCCAGCAUCAGAGUAAAAGCAGCAUAUUUUCGCAGCCGGAUUCCUCGCUCGACGAGCUGUCGCAAGAGUCCGCGCUGCACUGCAUGCAAAACGAAGUUUGAACGUCCCUCCCCCACAGCUGUAAGCGUGUCUUUUGUGAUUUUAAACUGUACUUUGUGUAAAUAAAUUGUUGCUCGGUUAAUUUAUUUUGUUUACGAUGAAACGGGCGAGCCCCGCCCUGUGUAUGUUGGUU